AUGAGCCGUCUGCGUUCACACCGAAUCCGGCUCGGCCAGCAUCAGCUGUUCGGAAGACGACAAUCUCCGGAGGAUUCGGCUCCACCUAAAAAGAAUCCUCGCACCGAAGACGAGAGCGAACAGUUAAUCGUCGUCGAUGAUGGUGAACUCGCUGAACCGGCCGCUCGACGUCAAGUGAACGUGAAGAAGGAGCGGUGUACCUUUUGCAGCAAGGUGUUCACGAAUCGCUCAAAUCUGAUCGUACACCUGCGCAGUCACACUGGUGAGAAGCCGUACCAGUGCAAGCUGUGUCCGUACGCGUGUGCGCAAAGCUCGAAACUCACGCGGCACAUGCGCACGCACGGCCAACAGGGCAAGGAGACCUACCGAUGUUACAUCUGCCAAAUGCCGUUUUCCGUGCAUUCAACGCUGGAGAAGCACAUGAGGAAGUGUGUGGUGAACAGCAGUCAGUCGGCAGCUUGCGACGCUUCUCCAGCAGCGGAUCGACCUCGCCCGACUCCAUCGGCAUUAGCAGAUGCGACAUCCUUGCUGGCGCUCUCGAAUCCACCGCAACCUCCACCGUCUUCUGUUUCACAGAGCAACCAGAUCGUUCUCAAUUGGCUCCAGGGUUUGAACGUCUAUCAGCCCUGGCACGUCAAUCCGUGGCGUCAGUUGGAUCUGUUGGGGCGAAGGAGGAAUACCAGGAAGUUGACGAAGACAUGGAGAUUCAGAAGCUUCCGAGUUGAACGAGAGGCUCAAAAAGGAAGCGGCUGA